AUGUAUCUGUGGUCGGGAUCCCGCGACAAUUGGAGCAAAUUCAUCACUGUCACUCCUAAUGAGGACCAGCACUCGAGAGUCAAAGCAGACCUGCCCGUGGGUAAGGGAAUGUCCGAUCAUUUUGCGCCUUUAGUAUAUAUGAAAAUAAAUGAUCAACCUGCCAAAUCUAAAGCAUUAACCCUCGGAUCAAAGGUGUUGGAAGGUCUCGAAUGGCUUCUGGCGCGGCGCGGACCACUAUCGACUGCGGGGCUCACCGACAUAACUACGUUCGUGAAUACAAAAUGCUACGAUUUUAAGUUAAAGCGAUUGUUACACGACAGGCCAGAGUGUGACGUGCCAACGUCGCAGUACAUACAUGCGUACAUGGAGAGGGGCUUCGCCAGACUCGCGAAGCCGAUAUACGACAGAGUGAUUCGACACGUGCCCCAAGUCGUGGAUCAGAUAUUGGUUGAAAACGACAAAAGCGACAUCAUAGUAGUCACAUUGCCCGUGCUGCAGCCAUACUCCCGAGGUUGGAUAGAGCUGGCGAGCGGGAACGUCUUCGAUGAGCCAGUGAUAAGCCCCAACUAUUUGCACGACGAAAGGGACGUGCAAGAAAUAGUGCGAGCGAUAAGGAUACUAGAGGACUUGACGCAGACACCGGAGUACAAGGAGCAUAACGCGUCCUUGUUCAAAUACAAACUUGAGGGGUGUCCGAGGGGGGAGGAGGAAGGUUACUGGGAAUGCUACGCGCGCCACAUGACGUACUCGGUGUACCACGCGGCGGGCACGGCGGCGCUGGGCGCGGUGGUGGACGAGCGGCUGCGCGUGCGCGGCGUGCGGGCGCUGCGGGUGGCCGACGCGUCCGUGCUGCCGCGCCUGCCCACCAGCAGCACGGCCGCCGUCGCGCUCGCCAUCGGGGAGAGAGCUGCGGACUUCGUCAUAGGUGACACUCAACAUGAGCUUAGGUAUUCGUAUGUUAACGCCACUUUGUUAUGA